CAGAGGGGGUUUUACAGCUGUUUAGAGAAAAAUUGGUUGGUGGUGGAGAGGUCAGUGGUGGUAACGAGUUGUACCACAGCUCUCCUACAUGAUUUUGUGGUGAUUCUCUGCUGAUCUGAACCAUUUUCCUGCCUGUUUUCAUGGAGUCCCCCCUGUCCCUGUUUAUGUACUGGUGUACAGAGAUGCGCUGAUGUAAAAAUCACCAGUGAAACUCUUUACUGUAGGUGAGGAAUGUGACACAGCGCAUCACAGCACGCCCAUCCCAGAGUCAGCCACAAAAUCUUUUCUCCUGGAGCUAUGGCACAAUUGCUAAACCGAACUCACACCCGAACAGCAAGCAAGUAACGCCCAGAGAGCUCAUGGCAGCUCUGCGUGCUGCUGGUCUGACUCAUCCCCGUCUCCUGCUCCCUUGUUUGUGCCAGUUAUUUUUGUGUCCCCUUGGAAAUGACCCUGAUGAACAACCACCCAUGCCUGUGUAACCAGCUGUCUUCCCAAAACAGCAAGCCCAGAGGCAGGUAGAGACCUUCCCAAAGUCCCCCCUCACAUCUCUGUCAACGGGUGAGUGUUUUAGAUUUGUGUUUCAGAUUUGUGUGCGUUUCAGCUGCCACAAAAAGCAGUCCAACCCCCUAGCAGCACCCGAGCGCACUGCUGGAAAAAUCCCACUCCUGGAAGCCAAACCCACCGCCCCGUCCUGCUUAAGUGCUCAGCAGCAACACCUCACCCGGGCCACGGGGCUCCCUAAAAGCGCUUAUUGGGCACCCUUGGGUGCCUUCUGGGCAGAGGGAGGCAGGAGCCUGAGCUGGGACAAUCCCAGGGGCUGGUUUUGCUGCGUGGCGCUGGGAGGAGGAGCCAUUCCCAGCCCAGUGCCGUGCUGUAGGGACCGCGGUGCGGGGCAGGGGCCGUGGGGUGGUGUGGCUGGGCCCUGCGAGGUGUGGUGGUGCCGCCAGCCCGCGGCUUCCCCCAGCACGACUCCGUUUGCGGGCGGCCAGGAAGUGAGAUCACGGCUCCAGCCGUUUGAGGCAGGACGGGAUCCAGAGGGAUCCAGCAGGGCAGGAUCCCAGCGGGGCAUCCACAGCCAUGGGCCGGAGCAGGCUCCUGUCCCGCCUGGGGCUGGCUGCCUGCCUGCUGCUGCUGCUGGGGGGCUCCGAAAGCCUGGGGAGCCAAGAGAAGCAGCAGGGACCCUGGGAGGAGGACCGGAGAGCCGUGACGGAGGCGGCCCCGUGGGCCAGAGCGAGGUACGAAGCCGUGAAGAAGCACUUGGGAGCUGUGGGAGCUCUCUCCAAGCAGUACUGGCAGUACCUGGCUUGCAAGGUGUCGCAGGAGGGCUGUGAAGAGGAGGGGAAGAGGAAGGCCGGUCCCAGCCCAGGUUGGAGCUUGCCUCUGGUGGGCCAGGAUUACCUGGAGAUCUUCUCUGCGUGGUACUGCAGCUUCGGCAAGUGCUGCAAGACAGGAGACUGCAGGAUAGUCAACAACAUCACAGGGCUCGAAAUGGACCUCAACGGGCAGCUCCAUGGGCAGCACCUGGCCAAAGAAGUUGUCAUCCAGGCGGUGCGGCGCUUCCUGCAGAGCCCGCAACCAGAGAAGGCUCUGGUCCUCUCCUUCCAUGGCUGGUCCGGCACAGGCAAGAACUUUGUGGCCCGGAUGGUGGCCAGUCACCUGUACCGGGACGGGCUGAAGAGUGAGUGUGUCCGGGUGUUCAUCGCGCUCUUCCACUUCCCCCAUCACAAGUACGUGGACUCGUACAAGGUUCAACUGGAGAAGCAGAUAAGCGAGACUGUGCAGCUCUGCAAGCAGUCCCUCUUCAUCUUUGAUGAGGCAGAAAAACUUCAUUUUGGACUCCUGGACACCAUCAAGCCCUUCAUGGCUCAAGAUGGCAAGAAGGGCCAGGUGGAUUACCGGAGGUCCAUCUUCCUCUUCCUCAGCAAUAUUGGGGGCAACACCAUCAAUGAGGUAGCCCUGGACUUCUGGCGGGCCGGUCGGGCGCGGGAGGAGAUCUCCUUGGAGCUCCUGGAGCAGCGGCUGCGGCUGGAGCUGCUGCAGCCCGCAGAGAACAGCUACGCCCGCAGCCACCUGCUUGAAGAGAACCUCAUCGAUUUCUUUGUGCCGUUCCUGCCCCUGGAGUACCACCACGUGAAGCUCUGCGCACGGGACGCCUUCCUGGCCCGUGGCCUGCCGUACACGGAGGCAGCCCUCGACGAGGUGGCCAGGACGAUGGUGUUUGUCCCCAAAGAGGAGAAGCUUUUCUCUGCACAGGGCUGUAAAUCUGUAUCCCAGCGCAUCAAUUACUUCCUUCCUUGAACACCAGGUGGGACUAUACCGGUGGUGAAGGCGGUUUUGCACACUAGGAGCUGCUCUCCUUGCACAAGGUCAGGCAAGCAGCAGGUUACCCAGCCAAACACUUGCACAGGGGCAGAGACUUAACUCCUCGUUGCUCUGAGGGCUGUCGGCAGGGUGGGCUGUGCACCCUGCCCAGCCUUACUCAUGGGGUACCGGCACAGCUUGUGCUUGGCUGUGUUUGAAGUCCCUCUGGUAUUUUUUUAAGUUCCUUCUUUUAGCCUGAUGUAGCGAUUUAGUUGUGCUGACAGACUUUGUUUCAUGUGAAAGGGGUUGUCUUUGGUUUGUCAUCUUGUGAUGAGGGCUUCGAACAGCCUGGGCCUGUUGAGAGUCCAGCAGAAGCCACAGCCUCUUCCCUAGCUGCAGCUUUGUCACUCUGCAAGCUCUCAGACUGGGUAGAAUGUGUUUGCUGCUUUUGAGGGUUUUUCUGUAUUGCUCUCCUGCAUUCACAAGGUGUGUGGCACUUGGGGACGUGUACCAGGAUCAUGGUUUGGGCAGGGACGCCUUUGCAUAGAAUGACUGAGAGUCUCUGGCACUGUAAAACCCACAGCCUGCGGCGUUGGCCUGCCCAGUCCCUCUCUCCCCUCUCUUGGAGUACUUUCGUUCUACGGAAGCAGCUGUGGGGGUGAGGUGAGCUGCUGCUGAAAUUGUUUCUUUAACAAUUUGGUAAAGAGCCAGAUUGGUUCACUGCAGAAACUGGUUUAGGACAAGACAAUCUCCCAUUUCAUGGGCAAAGGGCAGCUGAGGUGGAUGGUGGCUGAAAGAACAGGUUGCGGUUGAAUUCUGUUCUUUCAGAGAUGGAUUAAGAUUAUUUUUUUUCUUUUUUCCCCCGGUAUGCAUGCUGCAGCUUUUGGCUGGUAUCAGCAUUACUACACCGAGGGGCUGUUUGCUGUCUGGGUACUUGCCAGGUGAUAAGUACCUAACAGCAGGACCAAAAAAUUUCAACAGUGUUACGGGAAUCACUCUGUGACCUCUGGGUCAAAACUCCCUUCCAACACAGCUGUGCUCGGCAGUGAGGUGAAUCAGCACAUGCCAAGGACGGGCUUUAGCUGCCUGAAUGCCACAUGUGCAGACCUUUGAGCUAUUUUCAGCUUUGACCCUUUCUGUCGUGCCAGCAAUGAGCAGCACAACCCUGGGAAAAGAUUGACCAGACACACUUACUGCUCCCACAGACUUUGAGUCCGCGUUUCCCUCCGGGCAGGCCGGCGCUGUUACCUAACAAGGACUCAAAGCCUGAGGUAGGAGGAUGAGGAUUCGUAGCCUGAGGCAGGCAGACGAGCUGGCUGCUGUCUCACCCCUUGCUCCUCUGUGCAAAGUUGGUUUAAACCGGGCUGUUGACUCUAGGCUGGACCCUUAGGGCCUGUGCUAGUGUCUGUUUUUUAUCAGGUGUUUCUGGGACUUGCUCUGUGGGCACUUGUGUUGCCACGUGUCAGUCCUGAAGCACCAACAGCCAGAGGAGCUGUGCCUGGGGAAGGUGAGCUGGUGGAGGGAGGCUGCGGCCCCCUGCAGGGCACAACUCAGGCUCUAAGUUGUUGGGGGGAAGGAAGUCACUUUAUUGAGUUUUUUGCCAGUGCUGGCAGGUCUGAAGUCAGCACGUUGUGCAGUUCUGUUACUGAGUAAGGAGGGGGUGGUGCCACCAGCGAGGGCACCUCUCAAACUGAUGCUGCAGGACCAGCUCACGCCAGGUCACACGCGCGCGUUUGAGAACUAAGCGAGAACCACUCUCCUCUGACUGCUCCAUGACACGCUCAGAUCAAUGUGAAUGUUUUCCUUUGCAACCUGGCAGAAUUAUAUUACGUCCCUUUCUAACAGGUUUGCAGCCAGCUUGUCUUUUCUACCCAAAAAACAGCCUUCAGGCUACCACUCUGCGGGUUUAAAUAUUCUUUUUAAAAAAUAAAGCAUCAUCUAGUCAAGUGGUUUUUUUGCCAAUAAAAUAUUGCAACCUUUAUUUAAAACAAAAUGCAAAUUGGCAAAACUUUGUGGAACGACAGGCAAAGAGGCCCUUCAGAAGGCCUUAUUUACAUCAAGUUUAACACUGUUCGCAGUUCACAGUCAGACGAUAGUGAGAGAAUUAAAUUAGAAAAACAACCAAAAUAUAUUACAAUAACAAUUAAAAACAAAAACAGUUGACAACACUGGUAGAGUGAUUGGUGAUUAACGUGUUUCAUCUUAAUCCAUUCCUGCCCUCAGUGAGUUCACUACUGACACAAACAGCAUGCCAAGCUGAGCGGGCUCUACCCCCUGCACACAACGGAGACAUUUGGAAGCGUGACCUCCUUUGGUACAGACAUUUCUCUUUUCUAGACACUGCAGCUAAGUCCAGGUGCCCCCGAACCUGUUACUUCCUCCCCCCAGGGAACAGGCUCAAGGCCUUGGUCUAUGCUACAGGCGACCGGAGUGCACCCCGGUGCCCACCCAUGCAAAACACCCAUGUGCAGGAGCUGCUGGAUAGUGCUGCUUGCGCUGACACGGGAGGUUUCCGAGCACACUGCAGCUGCUGCCCCUCAGUUUCUGGCAGCUCCUGGUGAACAGCAGGCCUGGACCAAGGGUUUUAAAGGAGAAGGUAGUGCUCUGUUACACCUGCAGACAACAGCUUCCCAAGUGUUGGUGUUUGUCCCAGCUGCUGCUGCCCAGGAGCACCAAUGAGCGAAAGGCUGAGCUGCAUGGGGUCCUGCCUUGGGUAUGCAGCACAGGCACCAGCCUCGGGUUUCCUCAGAGGCCCCAGCCCAGCCCAUCGUGCUGCUCAGGCACCCUCUGCCUGGUGGGGAGGGCCUGCUCUGGUAACAGCAGGUUUGGAGCAGCUCUUGCCCCAUGCUGAGGGGUUUUGUUCCUGCUGCCCGCAGAGAGCAGUGUGCCAUAAAACUCCAGGGUAAGUACCCCCAGUUGGGAUGCCAACGUGCAGCUGUUAGGGUCACACGGACACAAAGCAGUGUUAGAGGUGUCCUGUGGGAGGAGGCCAGGAGCAGGCAGACCCUCACCUUCCCCACCAUGUUCAGCGCCAGGUAUGCUACUGUGUUCAGCUCCGCUUUCCCAGCUGCUGAGUUUGAUGCAGUUCCAAGCUCAAAGCUCUUAAUUCAGCUUCACCCCUGCCAGCACUAAUGAACAGUACAAUUAACCCUCAGUGCUGCCAGCCAGGUGCUCGCUUUUCAGGUGCAGUGCAGGGGGAGAACUGCGCCUCUGAGUCAGCCAAUUCCCCGGGAGCUAGGAAGGGAAAGUGCCCCGCGAGCGCAUGCUUUGUGCUCGCCGUUACCAGGCCCUAUGUGAUCCCAUCCCCUGCUGCAAAGGAGACUACUUUAAAUUCUAGUCCAUACUAGUGCAAGUUAAUUAGAGAGCCUGGCUGUGAUUGCAUCUUUACCACACGAGGCCUUCUCACAGUGGUGAAGAAAGGAAACGCAACAGGAGUUUCUGCUUUCUCCAUAAACAGCAGAGCAAGAGGUGCUCUGUGCUGGAGCACUAACAGGGCUUCACUGUCCCUCCGGUGCUUUACACACACACUGCAACGGCGAACGCAGAGAAGCUGCUACAGUGGAGCCCUUCAAGGCUGAACACAAAGUCAAAUCUAGCAGAGGGAAGAGGACCUGCAACAACGUGGAAGGAAGAAAGACUGAAUGAGAGCUACAGCAUAAUCAGGCUUUUCCAGGUAGCGUCCUUUUGCUGUCCUUCCAGAGGGUGAGGGGAAAUUCUCAUUUGGGAAUAAAACAAGAUUGGGCGGGAGAGGCAGUGGAGGUAGAGGCAAGUCUGCAGUCUCUUAUUUAGGAGAAAAUAAAAUUAGUGUCAAGUCAGCAGUACCUCUGUCACCAUCCACCUAUCUGAUGACUAUGACAAUCAGCUACAGCACAAAAAAUGCUCCCUGUAGGAGUGAUGACCGGCAAAUCCCCCCAGUUCCACUGUUAGGUGUUUUACCUCCACUGAAGGGACCAGAACUGGAUGGGCUUCUGUGUUGCUCCAAGUGGCUGAGGAGUCCCUGGGGAGCUUCGGAGGCUGCCUGGCACUGUCCUGGGCAGCCUGCUCUGGGUGGCCUGAGCAGAGGUUGGAGCAGAUGGGCCCCAGCGGUCCCUGCCAGCCUCAAGCGGUCUGGGAGUCUCUAAAAGCAGGUGGCUUCUUCGGCUUGUAGUAGUAACACAGCCUCAGCCCUGUCCCACUACUACCACCCUGGGGGGGGGGUGGGGGUCAGAAACCAGGCAGCAUCUGGAGAGAAAGCAUGGAUAACCAGGGGAGGGGAACCAGUCCUCUGCUGGGGCACAAUUAGUUGCUUUAAAAGAGUAAGAAAGCUUGAAAGAUCUGUUCUAAUAACUAGAAAUGCCAAGAAUUGUUUGCUAUUUUAUCACUUUUGCUGGAGUCAUUCUGGAAGACUGGUGUUUAAAAAAAAAAAAAGCUUCUUUCAAAACACUCAUCAGAACUGACUAAUAUUCAUAUACUUUUCUGGUUAAAAUACCUUUCCCCUGAGAGUAACCACUUCAGUUUCAGUCUGUUUGUACUAGGCUGGGAAGUAGUACAAUGAUGAAACCACACGAUUGUCUGCCAAGGCAAACACAACCUGCCUCCCUUGAUUGUUUAAAAGGCAACAUGAAGCAACACCAUCAGACUUCUUCCCUUUGCAGGUGACCUUUCCAAAGGCAGUUAGCUUGGUGUGCAGUGAUGCCCAGGUUCAGUAAAGAUGACUGAAAGAGAUAAGGUAAACCACAAAAGCCCUCAGUAAAGUCUGAAAGAUAACGGUUUGGUACUCUGCCUUGCUGCUGAGUGUCACGGUGGAAGAAGCCUGGUGCAGCCUCCUCCUGCCCCGCUGACGUGCGGGCUGGAGCGUAAGGACCAGAGGAGAUCCUGGACAAGCUGAAAAUCCUACUGCAGGAGGAGACAGCCGGCUUCAUCAGGUGCUGCUGCUGCUGCCUUCUUACUCCCUUCGCUUGAUUCCAGUCCGUGCUGCGCUCCCGCCCCGUUGCUCAGCUCUUCUGCUGCAUCUGCGCAAGCAGCUGGCUGUUGGAGGAGCCUCAUCACCGGUGGUGGAGGUGGAGCACACUUUGGUUUUACCCGUCUGGGCCGGUCCCUGUCGCCGGAAGAAGUGACCUGAUGCUCAGAUAAGAGCUUAAAUUUAUUACCCUGAGAGUCUGUGCCAAUGAGCUGCACGUCUGCUGGAGUGUGUUUUAGAGUGGGUGAGAUUAGGACUGGCACUUUGUGGUUAUGAGUGGUUGGAAGUAUUGCUGCAGCCUUGACUGGAGAGGACCACCCCGGUCUCUCGCCAUCUUCAAGGGCCCCUUGCCUUGGGCCACUGUUUUUUUCUUUGCUCUUAGGAGCUGCUGCUAGCCCUGGGCUCUCCUUUUCUUCCAAACCUGAGGGGGUUCGGAAAGGGAGGGCUGUGGCACCCCGUGGCAAGAGUUUUGCUUUUGGUCUUUCUCUGGUCAAAGCAGGGCCUUCUUCCAGCUUUUUGGGAAGCAGGUCGGUGGCCCUCCCCAUGCUCUCAUCAGGCUGAGAGGAGGUGGACACUGUCCGUUCCAGCUGAAUUUUUGACCUCUGGGAAUUUCUGGGAAGGGUCAUUGCCAUCCUAUCCUGCUCUGGAAGCCCUGAGGACAUGGAAGAUGUGGAGUUUGACCUUGGAAAAGGCUUUGAAGUUUCUUCACUGCCGGUAGGUUUUCCUGGUCGUAAACCCAGUGUCUUUUUAAUCAACCGUGGUGUAAAGAAACCUGUGAUGCCUGACCACCCACCACCAGUGCUUAUGCCCCCACCACUGCUGGUACCAGUGCCAUCGUCGUUGUAGAAGGUCCUCUGCGCAAAGGCCCCACCGUAGCACUUGGGUGGUGCCACGCUCGCGUCCUGCUGCGUGGGAGCAAAAGCGAACCCAUCCACGUGCUGCAAGGAAGCAACAGAUGAGAAGUUACCCGUUAGCUCGUAUUUCUUGUGGGGCUGAUUCUCCAUCUCCCGGAAGGAACUGCUGCGCUUGGGAGGUGUGGGAGCAUUCCUCUUCUUCAUGAAGGAGCUGAAGAAGCCGCCUUUUCUGUCCCUGGUGAAAGUGGUCUCUUUGGCAUCCUCCAACAGGCUGCUGGGUGACUUGUCCCUCUGCUUGCGAGGCAGUGCGGGAGACCCACUUGUCGGCUGUGUGCUUCUGAUAAAACCUAGACAGAAGAAACAAGCGUGACUCUUCAAAAUCUAUUUCCAUUUCCACCCCCCUGUCCUGCAGUGGGCUGUAAAGGCCUGGCAGACAGUUGCCUGGGAUCUGCAGAGACAGACUGCGAGAGGAAGUUAGCACUUUUAUUUUUGUGCAAGGCUGAUCUGCUUUUGAUUUUAUUCAUUCCGUUCUGCUUGCAUGACUUGUCUGUUGUCUACACUGGGGAAACUACUUAGGAGAGACGUUAAGAGAAAGUGAAUUGGCUCUUUCUCCCCAGUUUCUUACCCAUUUCCUGUAGUUUUUUCUCCUUCCCAAAUAUAAAGCAAGUAUAAAAGACAAUCUCUUGUUGCAUUGUCAAGUUUACUUUGGAAGCUGUCAUCUUAAAAAUACAGCAAAUCCAAACUUAAAAGAAAAGAAUACAAUGGGUUUACCAGAGAACCACUGAAAAAGCUGCAGCAUUUUCUAUUUGCUUGCAAAGGAGUGGGCUGGCAAACAGCCCUAAUGACACAGCUUGCUCAAGGCACAAGCCUGCAAUAUGUUGGUUCAAGAUUUUGGUUCUUUGCUCUACAACCUGAGAGCAGAACAGAGAAGUCUGAAUUGUGCCUGUACAGAUGUGGGCUCAUCUUAGCUCUCAAGAGUAGUCUCUGCCUUCUCUAGAAUGAGAAGUGACACCUGUACUGUGACAAGAGCUCCCACUCUGUGCUACCAAAGAACAAAGCCAUGCUGAUUUCCUCCCCAGGAGUCAUCUUGUCUCUCAGCAAAUCUUCCAUUGUUCUGACCUCUCCACCUCUAAUCCAGGAAGAGUGAAUGCAGCCAUGGGGUGUCCAGCCCUGCCUCUCCUACCACAGUACCACAGUAAAUCCUGCUACAAACUGAAAAAAGCCAAAGCACUUGAUCAUCUUGACUGGAACAUGAAAUUUUACAAGCCGGGAUACUGGGUUGCAGAUCUCCAGCUGGUGGAUGUUCUGUUCUCUCCUGUUCGGUACUUCACAACAGGAGCAAGUCUACCCACAUGGCCUCAGUGCAACCGUCCUUGUGCUCAUACCUGGUGCUGAGCUGGAAGUCGAAUGCUCCAGAGUAUCUUGUGUUCCUUCAAUGUUCUCCUUGUUCUCUGCCUGUUUCUUCAGUGUUCUAGUCUUGGAGGGAAGCAUGGGCAACCGGGGCAAGUAAGGAACUAUGGAGGAGGAGGAGGCUGUUCUUCCAAGCUCCUCUGCUACCUCUGCAAGGGGAAAAAGCAAGCAGAAUCGUUGGAACAAAGACCAGCAGAAGAGGAGGAAAAGCAAAUACGGGUCUUUACUACAGACCCAGAGCAGCACGAAGAGAUACGUGUUGGAGAGAGGAAGCAGUUUAUAAACUUAGUUUUUUAUUCCAGUCCAGAGAUGUUUAGGGUUGAGUCCUCUCUGCAUCUGUACCUAAGCUGCUUUGUCAGAAAGAAAGCACUGCACCUGCCUAUUGGAAGUGAAGACUACAUGUUUCCUUCCCAACAUUAACACAAGAAACCAAGUAACAGGGGCUCUCACCCUCCGAGAUGCUCGAGUCGUGGAACAUGGUUUCAAAGGCCUGGUGGGUCUCAGCAAAGGAAGGUCGGUCAGGCGGGUUCCACUUCCAACCUGCAGUGGGAGAGCACAGAUUAAGGCUCAGUGCCUGCAGCAGGCUUGGCUUGACAGCUUUGCUCCUGAAAGCAGCAGAAGUCCAGACGGAACCAAACACUAGUGAAGCAACCGUGAGAUUGUAUCUUUUCCAGACACCAACGUACACCUCGCCAUACUGCCCUCCCCCAAGUUUGUGCUUCAUGGUGAUGUCAGUCCGCUCCAUCUCCCACUUGUCGUGGAUGGGGGACACUCCAUAGACAGUGGGCUUAUUGCACUUCGGUGCUGGGUAAUGUAAAGUCGUCACCAGGCCAUCAGCUACUGUUGAGUGAUGGUGCACUAGCUCGGCUAGUGUGCUGAAACGGCUCUCUGCUGUCACAUAAACCUGUUGAGAAAGGUCCAGGAAUCUACUUAGUUGAAGGCACCUGAGAACUUUCAUUAACACUGGAAAACAGGUACAGUAAAGACAUUCUCACGGGUUAAAAACAAAGUAAUAGAACCAGAUUUUACAAUACUUUUUCUCAGUUUGUUUGGGUAGAUGAGUAUUCCUCCACGGGACUUUUACUUGCAGAAGGAAACGAGAUAUAGGGGAGGCUAGAGCAGUGCUGACUCCUGCUUUGUGCUUUACAGGACUAGAAACCAGAAUUCUUGUAGCCACACCUGAGUCCAGUUUCUACAUCUCACAGCACAAAACACUGCCAUUUGAUCAGGGUUAAAACUGCUGACUCGCCAAAACUCUGCUUGUUCUAAGAAGACCAGUAGAAAGCAUUGUCCAGAAAUCCUUACCUUUCCAUCUGAGGUGGUAUUGAUCCUGUAGUGGUAAACGCGUCCCUCGUACCUGAGCGAGAUGGAUAGCUGCCCGGGGCUGCUCUCGCUUUCACGAACCAGGAAGCUGCCGUUGAUGAGACUGCUCAGCAGAUACUCUGCUGCACUGCGUGACACCGGCCCAUGGUACCAUGAAUGUUUUUCCAGGCUGUUCACUGGUGUGAUGUAGUUGCUUGGUACCCAGCCCUGCCCAUUCUUCGAACGUACCUCGCUCCAUUCACCGUUCUGGUUGUAACCCAGGACUCGCAACUUCUCACCUAUGAGCAGAAGGAAAAAAGCAGAGUAAGCACGAUACAAUCUACUGGGUCUCAUCGAGUGGGCUGACAGGGAAUGUCUCUCUAAGCCUGGGUUUGUAGCUAACAAAUAAAAGUCUGCAGCAAUGAUUUUGUAACUAAAUUGCUAUAUAUAAACGGUUUAUAAUGUAAAGUUUCAGACAGAACUCCUUAUGCACUGUUCCUAAAUUAGUACUACAGUGUGAAUGAUCAACUCAAAAACCUUCCCGCCGUCCAUGUUUCUGGACUAGAAAGCUGUUUGGUGUUUUUUUUUGGAGGGAUGAGGUUUGUGUCCAUCUUAAUAGCAUUUAAUAAAUAAUUUAUAUAAAUA